AUGAAUGGACAUAAUGAUCCUUACGGUCAGAGUCACAGCAGUCAGAAUGACAGGCAAAGGCACAAUAGCGGUUCAGAUCAGCAGGUAAUAGAUCUAUCAUCACCACCGUCACUUUUGAGGAGAUCUCAGUCGGAAUCGGCAGCUGCAGCAGCUCGUUACGGUCGACAGGCGCAGCACAUCGUCGCCCAAUAUCAGCAGCAGCGAGGGGGUCCUCCGGAUAUCAUUCAUUAUGUGGAUGAUAGUCCAGCCACAGCAGCAAGAUCAGGAACACCACCUCGACCUCCAAGGUUAACGCCGGAUCAGCGAUCACAAUCCAUGUCCACACCCACCUCACGGUUGAACCGAUAUUCCUUUCCGGAUCUUGCAGCUAGCUCUGCUGCAACACCGUCGCCGUCCAAGAUACCGCCGCAGAACAGUUGGAGUCAUCGCCCUUCCAGUACUCGAUCGGCAGAUCACCUCAUAAGGAGAACAGGAUCAGCGGAUACCUCCUCCUCCUCCUCGUAUGUCAUCAAGUUUCAAACACUGCGAUUGGAACACGGCAAGCUGUUGGAAUCCCAUCAGGCGUUGCAACAAGACAACUUGACGUUGCAAUCGCAUUCCCAAGACUUGAAAACGAAAACGGUACAAUUGGAAGCUCGAUUGCUCGAAAGCAUGCAAGCUCGAUCCGCCCGAGAGCAAAAAUUUCAAGACGAGAUGAAGCGACAACGGGGCAGCAUGCAUUCUCUUUUUACCGAGCUAGCCGACAGCAAGCGACAAGUGGAGCUCCUCAAACAGCAAUUGCAAGAGACCGUCUCCAAAUUGGCACUCCAACAAGCAUUGACGGCCAACAUUGCCUUUCAACAGGAACAAGAAGAACUUGAAUAUCAAAUGGAACUCGAACAAGCAAGAAAGCAGCAACAACACCUUGUUGGCGAGGGUGCCGCCGAAAUGAUGAUUCCUGCAUCUGAAAGUGGCGAUUACUCGGAACAUGACGACGCUCGAUCCAACUAUUCCAACAAUACCCGAGAUUCGGGGUUUUCCAGGUUGGGCAACUUUUUCAAUCGCAGAAAAGUGCCUGCUGGUGGUAGUGGAGGACCGAUGAUGAUGAAUACGAUUCAUACUACGUCAACAGGGACAAGAACUCCAUCAUCGCCUGUUGUUCCAUCGACGACAUUGGAAUUUGGACAAUUUCAGAGUUAUGAAGAAUCCAAGAAUGAUCUCGUUGAACAGAUCCACUAUCAUGGUGGCGGUGCGGACGUUCACAAUCUGUUUGACUUGGACACUACCACUACAGCUACUAGUACCGAAGAUUCGUCCAACCAUAAUGGGCUCUCAUCAUCCACUUCGGAGGACUACCUCAAGACAGUUGCUACUACGAAACCUCCACAACCACAAGUGGCUACUGCCACCAAACCACUCAGGAGGGGCAAACAGAAACAACCAGAAAUGAAUUAUGGUCAAACGUCAGCAGGCAUGCCACCCGCAGCCCCCAUGAGCCGUCUGGACCGAAUUCGACAAAAGAGACGUAAUUUGGAGAGCAUGUUUCUAAAAAAUGGAGCUGGUUCCGCUACUUCUGGUUUGACGGCCAACUCGAGCUUGUCAUCAACCUCCUCCUCAUCGAAUGCAUCAUCGUCGAUCAUUAUGGCGAGGGGUACCACCAACUUUCGGGCGAGAAGCAACAACAACAACAACAACAGCCCCAACCGAAACGUCGUGAACCGAAAUGUGGUAAACUUGAUGAAUCAUCGACGACAUGAUGACUGA